AUGGCAACACCGAUUUUGUUUGGUGCACCACGAAUCACUUUGUCUGUGCUUGUUCUUGUAAUUGGAGAUUUUCACAUUCCCUUUAGGAAGCACAGUCUUCCGAGUAAAUUCAAGAAAUUACUCAUACCAGGGAGAAUUCAGCACAUUCUCUGUACGGGCAACCUGUGUACUAAAGAAACUUACGAUUAUUUAAAAACCCUGGCAACCGACUUGAACGUUGUCAAAGGCGAGUUUGAUGAUAGUAAUUACCCUGACAAGAAGGUAGUCACAAUCGGCCAGUUUAACAUUGGCCUCUGCCAUGGCCACCAAAUCGUUCCGUGGGGAGAUGAAGAAAGUUUAGCCCUCAUUCAGCGAGAGCUGGAAGUCGACAUUCUCAUCACCGGGCACACUCACAAGUUUAAUGCUUUCGAAAAAGACGGCAAAUUCUUCAUAAACCCCGGUUCAGCCACCGGCGCCUACUCUGCUUUAGAAAGCGCGGUGAUACCAUCCUUUGUGCUGAUGGACAUUCAGUCGACCACUGUGGUGAACUACGUGUACCAGUUGAUUGGCAACGAAGUGAAAGUUGAACGGACCGAGUUCAAGAAGACAAACUGA